AUGUCUUCUAACGAUUCGAACGACACUGACAAGCAACACACACGUUUGGACCCCACAAGUGUCGAUGACGCUUAUAUUCCGCCGGAACAACCGGAAACUAAGCAUGCUCGCUUUCACAUCACAAAAGAUACCGUGAGAAACCACUUUAUCGCAGCCGUCGGUGAGUUUUGUGGCACCUUCAUGUUUUUAUGGUGCGCUUACGUUAUCUGCAACGUCGCCAAUCAUGACGUUGCGCUGACUGCGCAACCGGACGGUUCCCACCCGGGUCAAUUAAUCAUGAUCGCCAUUGGUUUCGGGUUCUCCGUCAUGUUCUCAAUCUGGUGCUUUGCUGGUGUCUCCGGUGGUGCUUUGAACCCUGCCGUCUCGCUUUCCCUGUGUUUGGCAAGAGCAAUCUCUCCAACAAGAUGUCUUGUGAUGUGGGUUGCCCAAAUCGUGGCUGGGAUGGCGGCCGGCGGCGCUGCUAGUGCCAUGACCCCGGGCAAAGUUCUCUUCGCUAACGCCCUGGGCCUGGGGUGCUCCAGAUCAAGAGGCCUGUUUCUGGAAAUGUUCGGCACUGCCAUCUUGUGUUUGACUGUUUUGAUGACCGCUGUCGAGAAGCGUGAAACCAACUUCAUGGCUGCUCUUCCUAUCGGCAUCUCUCUGUUCAUCGCACAUGUCGCCUUGACGGCGUACACAGGCACAGGUGUCAACCCGGCAAGAUCCCUGGGUGCCGCCGUCGCAGCGAGGUAUUUUCCUGGUUACCACUGGAUCUACUGGAUCGGUCCGAUAUUGGGGGCUACCUUGGCGUGGUCCAUCUGGCAACUACUGCAGAUCCUGGACUACACCACCUACGUCGAUGCUGAAAAAGCUGCAAGCACUAAAGAAAAAGCCCAAUCAGGAGCAAACGCCACUGCCGCUCCAGCUAACACUGAAGUUUGA